UUGGUAGCUGGAGACGUCUGACGCUGGAGCACGGCAGUUUAGAUGCAUGAGUUGGUUUGGAUGGUUCGACUCGGGCGUAGCAGACGAUGAGGCCACUCGGAUAGCCCAGCUGGGGAAUAAGAGGCGGCCUGGACGACCGACUCGGUCAUCCAACCCAUCCAUUCCAAGCCAGCCACGGCCCCAGUACGACGCUAGCCCGACAUUGGCGCGAUCCUUGCAGGCGGCCACCGUGCCUGGACGCGCGCAAGCUGAACGUGUGUUUGUACGUGUCUACGAUCUGGGGAAUACAUUUCUGACCCGCUGGCCCAACAUGGUGGCAAAGGAGUAUGGUGCAUUUCACUCCGGUGUGGAAGUGUACGGAAUGGAGUGGUCCUUUGGGAUGACGCCGGACAGCUGGUCUACGGGAGUUGCAGCAAAUUUGCCUGGGCAUCAUCCCGAUCAUCGCUUCCGCGAGACGCUGUCAAUGGGAUGUACAAACCUCUCACAGGGACAGGUAGCUGAAAUCAUCAAAGAAAUGACCAUCGAGUGGAAAGGACGUACCUACGAUGUAUUGACGAGGAACUGCCAUCAUUUCUCGGACGAGCUCUGUCGGAAGCUUGGUGUAGCGCCACUACCUUCUUGGGUCAACCAGCUUGCAGGCACCACUGCUUCAGCAGCCGACGUGAUUGAAGGAGUUUCAGCCAGCACAGGCAAGGUGGCUUCCGACUUGGCGUGGCUGGUGGGAAGUGCUGCUGGGGGUGUAUACAGCCUUAUGGCUCCAGCAGAGGUGCGUGAGGAAGAGCCCUCUGAGAGCUGGCGAAGACGAGUCACAGAUCUUGGCGACUUCGAGUUGGUGAGAUCAGUGAGACCCUCACUGAGCUCAUGAAGGGCAUUGGACAGAUGGACUGUGAGCGCACUGUUACGACGCAGACAAAGUUUUGCGCAAAUUCACUUGCAGCCAAUUGCAAAGAGAGUGGAUUAUGGUGCGCGCUCCGGCCUUUUGGCCUCCAGCCGGGCACCUGGAAAGGGUA